UGGAGCGGUGGCAGCACAGUGCUGGAGGACGGGGCAGCUCUGCAGGAGGUGGCAGCAGCAGUGGCACUAGCAGUGGCAGCAGAUCGAUCAGCUGAUGGGAAGAUGCCAGCCAGUGCGCGCGCUGCCUCCGGUGUAGGGAUACUGCGCGCGGUGUGGGGCGCGCGCCCGGGCGCACAAAGUUGACCUGGUUGCCUUUGGGAUGCUGCAGCGGCGCGAGGACACUUUUACCACUGCCCACAUCUGGAGAGAGAGGAGCAGCACAUCUGCACUGACCUGAAUCUGCAUCUGUUUAACCAUCCAUCUAUUCCUUUAUUUAUUAAUAAUCAUCAGGAUAACUCCACCUGCCGACUCGCGCGCGCGCGCUCAGCAGCUGUGCAGGAAUUCCCGUGCACGCGCCGUCGCGUGCAGCACAGUCACAGCACCGGCUAUACAGAAAAAAAACACAAAAAAAACAAAACUAAAGUUGGGAGAUGGUGUGAUGUUCACACCGGGCUCCGUGCACGAGGACUCCGGAUGUUUUUAAUGAUGAUGAAAAUGAUAAUGACGGUGAGGAUGAGCGUGAAGGUGAUGAGGAUGGACUGGUGAACGUCAUCAUAAGGGCGCGCGCGCGAGAGAGAGAGGACUGCCGGAGAUGCAGCUCGCUUACCGGUGACAGCUGGAGCACGAGGAGGAGGAAGAGGAGGAGGGGCGGAGAGAGAGAGUAAAGGGAAUGGAGUGAGAAAGAGAAUAACUGAAGAAAGAGAGAGGAAGAAAGAGAGUGUGAGUGUAUUAGAAAGAAAAAAAAGAAUAUAAAGGGCAGGGAGAGAGAGAUAGAGAGAUAGACUAAAAAGAAAGAGUGUUUGUGUGAGCUAGAGUAAAAAGAGAGAGACUAGCUAAAGGGAGUGAUGGUAAGAGUGAGUGAGUGAGUGAGUGAGAGAGAGAGAGUAAAGGAGAGUGUGUGUGAGACAGAUAGUAAAAGAGAGAGAGUUGUGUGUGAGAGAGAGAGAGAUAAAUAGUAAAAAAAGAGAGAGACAGAGUGUAAGUGUAUGAGACAGUGAGAAAGUGUGUGUGAGAGAGAGAUAGUAAGAAAGAGUGUGUGAGAGAGAGAGAUAGUAAGAGAGAGUGUGUGUGAGAGUGAGACAGAGAGAGUGUGUGUGUGAGAGAGAUAGUAAAAGAGAGAAAUAGAGAUAAAUAGUAAAAGAGAGAGAGAGAUAGUGUGUAUGAGAGAAAGAAAGAGAGAGAGAGUGGGUGGGUGUGUGAGAGAGAGAGAGAGAGAGAGAGAUAGUGUGUAUGAGAGAGAAAGAAAGAGAGAGAGAGAGGGUGUGUGUGUGAGAGAGAGAGAGAGAGAGAGAGAGAGAGAGUAAAGUAGAGGAGAGGUAGAGAGGAGUGCAGGAAGGAUGGAUCCCUCGCGCUGAGGAGGAGAGCGGUGCUCGUGCUGGUUCUGGUGCUGCUGCGCGCGAUGGGCUGCGUGCAUAGCCUGGGCCGCUGUAAACCCAAGGGGUUCCGCGAGGGCGUGUGCGUGCUGGACCUGAGCGCGUGCAUCGACCCGGACCCCACGAGCGUGGACGAGUCCUCCUCGGUGGUGCUCCGCUACCGGACCCCGCACUUCCGCGCUAGCGCGCGCGUCUGCGUGCCGCCGGUGGCCGCCAAAGAGACGUGGACCGUGGGCUGGAUACAAGCGUGUAACCACAUGGAGUUCUACAACAAAUACGGAGCCAAAGGGAUGUCCAGCUGGGAGCUUCCAGACCUGCGAGACGGAAAGAUCCGGGCCAUCAGCGACUCGGACGGCGUGAACUACCCCUGGUACGGCAACACCACGGAGACCUGCACCAUCGUGGGCCCGACCAAGAAGGACACCAAGUUCAUCGUCAGCAUGAACGACAACUUCUACCCCAGCGUGACGUGGGGCGUCCCGGUGAGCGACAGCAACGCGCCGGUGCUCAGCAGCAUCCGGAGGGACCAGAGCUUCACCACGUGGCUGGUGGCCAUCAACCAGGCGUCGGGCGAGACGCUGGUGCUGCAGACGGUGCGCUGGAGGAUGCGGCUGCACAUCGAGGUGGACCCGGAGAAGCCGCUGGGGAAGAGAGCCAAGCUGUGCGAGCCCAUCGCCCAGGAGCAGCCUCAGGUUCUGGGCAAGAACGAGCCCAUCCCGCCCAACGCCAUGGUCAAGCCCAACGCCAACGACGCCCAGGUCCUGAUGUGGAGACCCAGGACUGGGGAGCCAGUGGUGGUCAUCCCACCCAAAUACUGAGAGAAAAUUUGGGUUUUUUUUGUUAUUUUGUUAGUUUUUUUGUAGCGUGCAGCAGUAUGUGGAUGAGCUUUUAUAAGAACAAAAAAUAAAAAAACAAUGGAUUUGGAUCUGGAUGGUUUUGCAAACCCUGGAAAUGUGAAAAAUACAUUUUUCGGAGAUUAACCGGAAAAAAAAAAAAAAAGUGCAACAUUUCUACCUUCAGACUUAAAGACUUCGGGUCGGGAAUCACUGUGCUAAACGAAGAAUAAAAGUCAUUGCAAAAGUUGCAAAAAACAAAAGUUUAAAAACGAGAAAAAAAACAUGCUCUUUUUUAUGUUUUAAUGUUUUAUUUUUAUUUCGUAUGCAUUUUUUUUUGGAUUUUUCAACAAUGACCGGGACUGGGUGUGCAAGCGUUUGUGUGUUCGUUCGUUUGUUUCGUUUUAUAUAAGAUUUGCAGCCAUACACGAGAAUGUGGCAUAAUUAUUGAGUGUAUGUACUGUAUGUGUAUAUUCUCUGUGUGUGUGUAUGUGAGUGAGAGUAUGUAUUUAUUUCAGUUUGGCUGAGUUUGGCUGGGUCAAGCAUUGCUAAAAGCACAUUUUUUGUGCUGAAGUGUGGAUUUUUUUUUGUGGAAGUUGUUUUUAAUACAUGCGAAGACAUUUUGAUCCAUGCUGCCUUAAGUUUACAUCGCUUUUCACAAACUUUUAGCCUUAAAAACGACGUGCAAUGCAGUAAACCCUCAUCUACCUAUACUCGCGUGACGGAUGCAGAAAAUAUGAGCUCAUUUUUUACAGCCCCAACUCUUUUUAAAGCACAGAAGAUGAAGAAAUAUGAACUUAUAGGUGUUUUUGGGGGGAGAUGGGUGGUUUUUGCACUGUUUGGCACAGAGCAGGCCUGUUUUUGGGGGUUUUAGCUGUGGUAAAGUUCAUUAAAGCACUGAAAACCAAUAGAAUGGAGGCUUUGAGUGGCUUCAGAAGACUAAUGCUGCGUUCGAAUGGAGUCGGAAAUUGGGAAAUACCGUGUUUACAACUUGUCAAUUGCACUGAACAGCUAGUAAAGUGGUAUUUACACUCCUAGAAGGAAGUGUGAGAUUGCAAUGCUCUUAUUAUAGUAAGAUAAAAGUUACUAGGAUUAAAAAUUGAUAAAAAAAAAAAAAAAAAUCUAGAAUUAAAUAGGCAGCUUGGUAGGGCCACUGGUUCCAAGACCUCAGUAACAUAACAUUGGGUUCUCAAACUGUCUUUGGCAUUGCUCCAAUUAUGAGGUACUUCGAGACAGUCUGACACAACUACCCACCAAGUUUCAUUCCUGUCGGUUGAUUCCUUCUGGGUACAACUAUCGUUUAAUGAUGAGUGUAUUUCUCUAAGUAGCUACACUGUGCUAGAGAAUGGCAAAGUUCGAAUCCUGGGUUGUGCUCCUUUGGCAUCAGCAGCCGGAGCCCGAGAAAGCACAGUUAGCCAUAUUAGCUCCACAGAUUAAUGCUGCGUUCAAGUUUUCGCGUCGGAAAAUAUGGAGUACCAUAUGUACCACUUGUUAACUGCACUUUGAACAGCCAAUGAAGUUGUACCUAUAAGUGGAAGACUCCAAUUUACUGAUGAUACACAAGUUAAUGAGAUAACGUGAUAAAAUAGGUAGUAUCUACUACGUAACUAUCUGAUAUAUACUGUAUAAAACAUUUCUGACAAGCACUCGAACGCAACAUUAGAUACUGACACUAUAGCCAGAGGAUCGUAAAGUUCGAAUCGCGAGUCAUGCGGCUUCGGCAUCAGCAGCCGGAGUCUGAGAGAGCACAGUUAGCCACAUUAGCUGUCUAUGGGUGGGUAGAUGGUUCUUUAAGUGGCUCCACAGACUAAUGCUGCGUUCGAGUGUUUGAGUCGAAAACUCAAACAUGUUGCUAAAUAACAUAAAUUAUUUACGCGCCCAAACAAAAUUACGAAGUAUCAACUACCUAGCUAUCUGAUAUCUGGUAUAUCUGAACGCAGCAUAAGAUACUGAUAAUGUAGCCAGAGAAUGUUCGAAUCCCGAGUAAUGCUUCUUCGGCAUCAGCAGCCGGAGUCUGAGAGAGCACAGUUAGCCACAUUAGCUUUCUCUGGGUCUGGCUAAUUGGUUCUUUAAGUGGCUCCACAGACUAAUGCUGCGUUUAAGUGGUCAAGUCGAAAACUCAAAUACGUUGCUAAAUAACAUAAGUUAAUUACGCGCCCGUACAAAAUAAUGUAGUAUCAACUUCCUAAAUAUCUGGUAUCUGAUAUAUACUGUAUAAAACCUUUCUGACAAGCACUUGAACUCAGCAUAAUAUACUGACACUAUAGCCAGAGGAUCGCAAAGUUCAAAUCCCAAGUCAUGCAUCUUCGGCAUCAGCAGCCGGAGUCUGAGAGAGCACAGUUAGCCACUUUAGCUGUCUUUGGGUCUGGGUAGAUGGUCCUGUAAUUGGCUCCACAGACUAAUGCUGCGUUCGAGUGUUUGAGUUGGAAACUGGGGAAUACCAUGUGUACCACUUGUUAAUUGCACUUCGAACAACCAACGAAGUCGUAUUUAUAAGUGGAAGACUCUAAAUUAUUGAUAAAACACAAUUUUAAACUCAAUUUUAAAUCAUAUUUUUUACGUAACUUGACUCCAAACACGUUGCUAACAAACAUAAAUUAAUUUCAACACCCAAACAAAAUUACGUAGUAUCAACUACCUAACAAUCUGAUAUCCUGACAAGCACUCGAACGCAGCAUAAGCACACUAUAGCCAGAGAAUAGCAGUUCAAAGUUUGAAUCCCGAGUCAUACUGCUUUGGCAUCAGCAGCCGGAGUCUGAGAGAGCAAAGUUAGCCACAUUUGCUGUAAACUGCACUCAAACAGGCAAUGAAGUCGAACUCUAUAUCACUUAGUUUUUAAUCAUAUUUUAUGUGAUUAAACUCAAAUUACUCAAAUUAGUUAAUAAAAUUAAUUUAUUUAAUUUAUUAUUUUACGCAUUAUUAAAACAAAAUUUUCUACAAAAUUUUCCACGUAACUAAUAUGUUAGCAUAUACAGUUUUCCGACAAACACUCGAACGCAGCAUAAGAUGUUGACUGGCCUGAGGUUUGCAAGUUCAGAACUCGAGUCCCAAGUAUGCUGAGGCAUCAGCAGUCAAAGUCCGAGAGAGCGCAAUUAAAAUAUGGUACAGUAGGUGGUGCCCUCUCCCGUCAUCACUCCCAUUGUGAUGCUGGUUGGCACAGGCUUCUGUUGGCUGAUGUAUCAGAGCUUGGGAUCUGGCGCUUUCCUCCUAGCGCAUCAUUGGCUGCUUGUUAAAAAGAAAGGAGGCCGAGUCUAAUGCCACAUGUAGCAAAGGAGGUGUACGCUUCUCCUGACCGUUAUAGUGUCGGGAGCUCUUAAAUGGAUUGAUUUGGUUAUUUGUUUGAAAAGCUACAUUUGGGAGAAAGUUUUAAGGUUAAUAUCUGCACAUCGCCAGUUUUUUAGCAAUUAGCAAUUAGCGAUUAGCUAUUAGCUAUCAACAAGGAUAGAUACUUCAGCUGUUCCCUCUGUUCCCCGGGUGCAGAUCUGGUUCAGAUUAAAGCCGAUAAACCCCGAGUACGUUUCCGAAGAGCCAUCUGAAGCCAUUCGUCAAAAAAAAAAAAAAAAACCCAGCUUCGCCCGCGACAGUCUUCCUCUUCUUCAACCUUCAGACGUGGCUGAACCUGAAGACUUUUCUGGAAUUAAUAACGUAUAACGUCAGUAUUUACAGAGACAGAACCGCAUCAGGAGGACACACCGGACACAAGGACACUUCCCACACGCCGCUGUCAACCUGUUAGCAAUGCAACGUGUGAUCCAAUGUAUUUUUCAAACCUGGAAAUGAUGAAAAAUGUUGAAAAAAGAGUCUAUUUUCAAAUACUGAAA